UUCUCUUAUAACCGGUUAGUUGCUGUUUUGUUUGAGAAAAGUGAAAAGUCAUUGUGGAAUAUUUUCAGUAUUCAAAUAACAGUUUUGAGUAGUGCUUUUUAAUUUUGUCAUAAUCGAAAAACAUGGGUACCUCACGAUACGAUCGUGCCAUCACUGUAUUCUCUCCAGAUGGUCAUUUGUUCCAAGUAGAAUAUGCCCAAGAAGCCGUCAAAAAAGGUUCAACUGCUGUUGGAGUAUGCGGUAAUGCAAUAGUUGUACUCGCUGUAGAAAAAAAAUCUGUGGCAAAACUUCAAGAAGAGCGUACCAUGAGAAAGAUUUGUCUUCUUGAUGAUCAUGUAGUGAUGGCUUUUGCAGGUUUAACAGCUGACGCACGCAUAUUAAUUGACCGUGCCCGUGUGGAAUGCCAAAGCCACAAAUUGACAGUUGAAGAUCCUGUGACUUUGGAAUAUAUAACCAGACAUAUAGCUCAGCUGAAACAAAAAUAUACGCAGAGUAACGGUAGGCGACCAUUUGGCAUAUCAGCGUUGAUAGCCGGAUUCGAUUUCGACGGUACACCCCACCUUUUCCAAACAGAUCCGUCAGGAGUAUAUCAUGAGUGGAAGGCCAAUUCCAUUGGAAGGAGCUCCAAAACCGUCCGAGAAUAUCUUGAAAAGAAUUAUUCCGAGGAAAUUAUUGCUCAAGAUGAGUCUACAAUCAAACUAGCCAUUAAAGCUUUGCUGGAAGUCGUUCAGGGCAAGAAUUUAGAAGUUGCUGUUAUGAAAAAGGGUACUCCCUUAACUAUACUGGAUGCCAAGGCAGUCAGUGAUUAUGUGUCAGCGAUUGAAAAGGAAAAAGAAGAUGAAGCUGCGGAAAAGAAGAAACAAAAGAAAUGAUGUGUAUUGGAUUAUUAAAUGUGUUAAGAUGUGUAACAAAUUUUCAGCUUGUUCUCAUGAUUAAAUCUACUUUGAUAUGUAAA